AUGCCGCUGUACCCGUCCUUCCACCGAACCAUUCGGCGUGCGAACGAGACCGACACCAGCCUCCAAUGGCGCUGUCCAGGUCGGCGAGCCACUGUCAUCUAUCGCCGAGGCAGCGUCCUCUACAUGAAUCUGACUCGCCUGGCCAGUUACUAUGGUGUCACCAAAGCGACGAACUCUAUCUGUACCUUUCGAGAGGUGAUGAGAAACGAGAGCUCUGGUGUCAGUCAUGACUGGGGCUUCUCGUUGGGGCCUACGAGACCGCUUGUUUUCGGAACGAGCUUGUCUGAAGAGUUCGUCGCGGUGACGUGCGCGGUGGGUAGACGGACGCUCUUCACCGACUACUUUCUACUUCCGCAGCGGAAGAACCCAACGACGAAGAAGCGCGUAAUCCGAGGAGAACGCCCUAUUAAUGUACUCGUUCUGGGAAUUGACUCAACGUCGCGAAUGAACUUCGAUCGCCACAUGAAACGAACGCGGCGACUCCUGACGGAAGAGCUGUUUGCGUUCGAGUUUCUCGGCUACAACAAGGUGGGCGAGAGUUCUUUCGGUAACCAGAUUCCUCUGCUCACGGGGCUGGCGGGCGACGACGUGGAGAGGCUUUUUCGCAACCACCCUUUUGACGAGCUGCCACAUCUGUGGAGCGUCUACAAGGAGCGCGGGUACACUACGCUCUUUCUGGAAGAAAUGCCAGUCUACGGAUUGUUCGUGUACCCCGAACACCGGGGAUUCCGGAAUCCGCCUACCGACUACUACCCUCUUCCCGUCGUUUAUGCCAUGGGAGUUCAAAGAGGACUCGACGACUACUGCGCCGGCUCGCGUCUUAAGACUCAAGUUUUUCUCGACUACCUCGGUGAUGUACUCCAGCUCAAUGCCCUGGACGAACAUCCGCUCUUCGCGUACGUGUGGCUCUCGGAUGUGCCUCAUAGCAAUGAUCACGCCUUGCUGGUACUGGACAAACCAGUGCACGCACUGCUGCGAGACAUGCAGAAGCGUGGUGCCUUCGACGACACAGCGCUUCUUCUCCUCAGUGACCAUGGAGCCCGCUUCGGCUCGGCCCGGGCUUCCCAGAUUGGCCGGCACGAGGACAAGACCCCGUUCGCGUUUAUGGUGUUGCCGCAAAGGUUUCUGCGGAGGCAUCCCACAGUGGCAGCAAACCUCGAGGUGAACCAGCGGCGCCUCGUGACCGCGUACGAUCUGCACGCCACCCUCCUGGCGCUGUCUCGAUACCCUGGCGGUGCCUUCGAGCCUUCCCUUUCCACGCAGAGGGGCAUCAGCUUGUUCGGUCGCGUACUUCCCGAAAGGAGCUGCGGGGACGCCUUUGUGAGUGCACAGUUUUGCGAGUGCCAGGGAACUCACGUCGACCUCGACGAGCGGUCAGCGCUGGUGGAGUCGUUCGCCGGCUUCGUCGUAGAACUCCUGAACACACGGAACGAGGCCAACUUUCCUGGCUUGUGCAUCAAAUGGAAGCUGGCGAAGGUGACAGACGCAUCCGCUUUGGGCGGCCAAGUCAUCGGUAAGGUGCUCCUGCGGGCCCUCGUGACUACAACACCAGAGGCACACUUCGAGGCUUAUGGCCUGGUGCGCAACGGCACGUACCAGAAGGUGGACUUUGUGCAGCGGCUGGACUGGUACUCCAACCAGACGAGGUUUUGCAAUUGGACCGAGAGCAUGCUUUUACUACUAAAAAUGGUGUUGGCUGACAUCCGCAUGCACUAA